GUGGCAGUACUGUCAUUACUCGCACUGUCGGCAUAUGCUGUGAUCAAGGUGGUUGAACGAAGCACUGUGGAAUCGCAAAACUGGUGGCGACAGAAUGAAAUCACCAUUGUGAUGUCUCUCAUUACAUAUCUUUUCCCAAUACUUUUCGAGAUCCUCGGCUUUCUCGAAAGCUAUCAUCCCAGGAAACAGCUCCGAAUACAACUAGCACGGAUAAUGGUCUUAAAUCUGCUAAAUCUUUACUCGCUAAUAUUCGCACUAUUCCAUAAGAUAAGCUCUAUGAAACAAGACAUUUUUUACGAUCUCAAACCAAUAAACAAAUGUGUACAUAAAUUAGUACCAUGCGACGAGCCGACACGUAUGCAACAGAUCGCAACGUUAGCAUCUUUGAGCCUUGUUUUAAUAAGCAAUAUCACCCAUUCUCGUGUUAAAAAGGAAAUAUCGGAGUCAACGCUACCAUCCAUCAGGCAAGAGACUUUCUUUCUUAAUCCUUUGUUGGACAACGAUACCUUAUAUAAGGACUUCAAUGAUACCUAUGAUUAUAAAGAUUAUUCGGAUUACGAUAAUUACCAGUCUAAAACUUCGGAUAUGGAUAAUAGCAACGAGUCUUCUACCAUAUCUUAUUAUGAGGAACAAUAUACCGAGAAUGUGGAUGAUAACGAAAUAAAUUAUGACACGACCCCGACAGUAAUUUCCAAUUUUCUAACUGAUUUGACAAUUACUGAACAUUUCUAUACAAGUUCUAUUUUGUCCCAAAGUGAAACUACAGCGUCGACAACACUCGAAUCAAAUACAAUGGAAGAUUCAUCGAAAACUAUUGAUUUUGAUGAUUUUACUGAAGAAACAAUAACUACUCCGUCAAUAUCAUACAGCAAGACGUCAUCUGUUAGCAAGUUUAACAUUACAUCUACAGUAGCAAACACGACAACAAUUACAACGCAUAUUCCGGAAAAUCAAUUUUCUACUUUGCAAUCGAAUAAACAUGUGAUUCCCCUCCCAAAAGACAAUUAUGUAGACAGAUGCUUUGAAAAAAUUUGUACUACACUACCGAAAAAUUUAGAUAUACGGUUAGAACAACUAAAUCUGGAGACACGUAGAAGACUACGUCGAUCAUGCUGGGAAACUAUGUUUGGGCAAGAACUUGCUAAGCUCACUGUCAUGGAUUUGAUACUCACUAUAGUAGCCACUCUCAGCAUGGAUUUCUUCCGCGCCGUUUUCGUGCGUUUUAUGAACAACUUCUGGUGCUGGGAUUUAGAGAAACAAUUUCCACAAUAUGGUGACUUCAAAAUAGCUGAAAACAUUCUCCAUUUAGUUAACAAUCAAGGCAUGGUUUGGAUGGGAAUGUUCUUCAGUCCUGGUUUAACGGCACUGAAUCUCUUCAAGCUUGGUGUUCUAAUGUAUUUACGUUCUUGGGCGGUUUUGACGUGCAACGUACCUCACGAAGUAGUCUUCAGAGCGUCCAGGUCUAACAAUUUUUACUUUGCACUGUUAUUGACUAUGCUAUUUUUGUGCGUGUUGCCGGUCGGUUACGCUAUAGUCUGGGUCGAACCUUCGUGGUAUUGUGGUCCAUUUUCUGGUUAUCCAAAGAUUUAUAAUUUAGCGACGCAAAGCUUGAUAAACUCGCUCCCGAAAAUAAUCCAACGAGUUCUUGAUUACGUUGCAUCGCCUGGUAUAGUAAUACCAUUGAUUGUUCUCAUGACGUUGAUUAUUUAUUACAUGGCAUCUCUCACUGGAUCUUUGCGAGAAGCGAAUAACGAUCUAAAGAUGCAACUACGACAGGAGCGUACAGAAGAACGUCGGAAAUUGUUUAAAAUAGCAGAGAAGAGGCAUACCAUAGCUGAGACUCCGCUAUCGAAAUGGAAAAAGAUCCUUCCGGCGUUGCCACAGGUCAAAAUAUCUCAAAAUUCCGAAACAGUUCAAAAGGAAAAUGUACAGAUCUCAAUUGGGAAUGUGAAUACAGUGGUAGGUAUAGUUGAAAAUAAAGACUUGAUAAAUGACACCGAAGAAUAUUCACGUCAGGAUCAAGUAUUGUCCAAUUACGACAACGAGCAACGAGUUGAAGAACAGGAUGGUUUGAUAUCAAACGAUACAUCUUCUAACAGAGGAUUGAUAAACGUGGUUGGAUGUUCUUGGGACUCACCGUCGAAUAAGCAAAGUGUUACCAUACCAGAAAUCCAAGUAAACAAUGAAGAAAAAGUCGUAUCCGACGUUUGCGCAAACGUUGAUGAUGAAUUGGAUGAUGUUCCUGAAAACGGCAAUCAAGAGAUAACGUAA